UAUUAUCAAACAGAUAGUUCUACAUCACUAUCUUCUGAAAUAUCAGUUAAUGUUUUUGCACAAAUGAUGAGUAAUGCUACCAACUUGAAUCAUCUACCAACUUUCACUAUCACUGAACAUUCAACUAUACUAGAAAAAUUACGAUAUGAUAUUGUUGAAUGGAUUUAUGAAAAUAAUAGUGGAUGGAGCAAUGAUACUGCUAUAAUGACUGGAAAAGAAUUUGUUAAAGACUUGGCUUCUGCAUUAUGGUAUAUAGAUAAAUGUGAUCCAGAAAAGUUAAAAAACCGUGGUUGUAGUAUUUCUACUGAAAUAGAACAGUUUACUGGACUAAAUAUUUUUCACUCUUUUUUUUCAUCUGCGUGGAUUAAAAGAUCUGCAUUUCAUUGGCUCAUUAAUCCAUUAGAAAAACUAGCUACGAAUUUGUCUCGAUAUCAGAAAAAUUUGCAAAAACAAUUAAUAACCACAACACAAAAUUAUCUUUCCUUUGAACUAGUUAACAAAAAUAAUAGCUUUCUUACUAUUUUACAGCCAAAUUUAAUUAGAAAAUCUCAUAUUAUUAAUCAUUAUCAAACUUUGGUUAAUUUUCUUGAGAAAAGUAAUUAUUGGGAGUCAAUAAAUAUUGAAUCAUUUCUUCCAAAUGAAUCCUUUAUUAAUAGACCAAAGCAUCGAUACAUUAAGGAAUUAAAUAAAGGAUUACCUUUUAAAGUAGCACAAUUUAUACAUGAUAGUAAGCAUGGUUCUUCAGUAAUAUACUUAUGGCAUAUACCUUUAAAUGCAUCUGAUUCAGAA